CUCAUAUCUUCUUAAAAUAUCGAUAAAAAGUAUUGGUUCGUGUGUCGCCUAGAUUUGUGUUAGUUGCCACCGCCUAUUCGAUCUUAAUUAAUUUCUUAUUAUCCUGAAAAGUAGCUAAUCAUUAAUUUGCCAGUAUAUAAUAUCUUCUGCUUCGACUUAGGUUGCUACUAUACUCUCUACCUAUAUAUUAUUGCAGCGAGAAUUGAAGCAAGAGAUUAAUUAAGAAGAAGGUAGGUAGGGCGGAUAUGGAGGAGAGGCAAGAUGUUAUAGCGGUUCCAUUUCCAUAUCAAGGUCACUUAAACCCUAUGUUUCACUUCUGUUCUUGUUUAUCUGCUAGAGGCCUUAAAGUCACCUUAGUCCUCACACACGGCGUGGCAAAAUCCAUGCAAUCCACCCUUUCCCAGGCCUCCAUCCAUACCGUUGAGUUCAUUUCCGACGGCAUCGAAGGCGUGGGCGAUCCGCCACGCACCUUCCAAGAAUACCAUGCUCGUCUGCGAGCCGCCUUUUCCGACGGGGUCGGUGCCGUUAUUGAGAAGCAAAAGGCUAAAGUUCUGGUGCAUGAUGCGCUCAUGCCGUGGCUUUUGGAGGUAGGCAGAGCGGAUGGGUUGGGUGUGGCUACUUUUUUUACUCAACCUGCUUCUGUUUGUGCCGUCUAUUACCAUAUGCUUCAUGGCCACAUCCAAUCACAUACUCAUGAUUCUAAGCUGCGUUUGCCUUCCUUGCCGGAACUGGAAUUCCCCGAUCUGCCUUCCUUUUCCUACUUUGCCGGUAUUGUAGAAGAAGUUACGGAGUUUAAUAUCAGUCAAGCCGCAAACAUGCCCAAAGCUGACUGCUUUCUCAUCAACACAUUUCACUCCCUGGAAGAGAAGGUAGUGGCGUGGAUGGUGAACAAAUGGGCAGUGAAGUGCGUGGGACCCUUGGUUCCAAUUUUCCACAAGACACUUCAUGAUGAAAAGCAAGAUAGAAUUGACUUGUUUGAGUUAGAUGGUGAGAGCUGCAUACAAUGGCUAGAUAACAGAGAACCAAAGUCGGUGGUUUACGUAUCAUUUGGAAGCGUUGUGGUGUUGACGGAAGAGCAAAUGGAGCACAUUGCGUGGGGCUUGGCUCAAUCCAACAAAUUCUUCAUAUGGAUUGUGAGAGAAUCUGAAGAGAUUAAACUCCCUAAAGAUUUUAAACUCAAGACAUCAAAGAUGGGCCUUAUUAUGAAAUGGUGUCCUCAAAUUGAAGUUUUGUCACACAAGGCAAUCGCAUGCUUUGUGACGCAUUGCGGAUGGAAUUCGAUACUAGAAGCAUUGUGUUUGGGUGUGCCGAUGGUCGGCAUGCCACAUACGACAGAUCAACCGACUAAUGCCAAACUUAUUGAGGAUGUUUGGAAAGUUGGGGUUCGAGUUAAGGUGAAUGAGGAGGGACUCAGUACAAGACAAGAAAUUGAGGGUUGUAUAAAGCAAGUGACAGGAGAAAGAGCUGAAGAGUUUACAAGAAAUGUCAUAAAAUGGAAAGAAUUAGCCAAAGAGGCAACAAGUGAAGGUGGAAGUUCUUAUGAGAAUAUCAAAGAUUUCGUGGCUUUUGCUAAAUCCUAUUCCGAGUAGUACUGUAGUACAUGCUCACUUCAUUUGGUGAUUUGGGUUAAGAGAUUACCAAAUGCUCUCUUCAUUUGGGGGUUGGGAGAAUCAGAGGUUUGGAGUUUAUUUUGUAACUUGCUAGGGAGCAAAAUUUGUCCUGAGCAAUAGGUUUCUUCUCUUUAAAUAUUUUUCACAAACCAAAUGGAAUGCAAGUUAUAAGUUACAGGAA